AUGUUCUACAGCCACGAGAUUCUGACGAAUCGUCAGUAUGGUGUUGCGACGAUCUGGCUGGUGGCUACACUUGGCUCCAAAUCAAACCUCAAAAAGAUCACUCGCCGCGCCAUUCUCGAUGUCGACCUCCUCAAAGCAUGCAAAACCAUCACCGAGCCAGAGGUGCCUCUGGCGCUGAGGUUGCAAGGCAGCUUGUUGUUCGGUGUCUCUCGCGUCUUCCAGCAACAGUGCGGCUACGUCUUGACGGACGUGACGAGCCUAAGGGACAAUAUGAGAAGUAGGGUUGUCCUCCAGGAGAUGGAGCUGGAUCCUGAGGUGGGUAAGACGAGGCCUGAACAACUCAACCUCGCUGAAGAUCCCUACUUUAUGCCAGAAAUCGAUAUCAACUUCGACCUCUCUGCGUUUGGCUUCUCCUCCGAGGGCUCCAGCGCGUCCCAAAACGGAUCGUCCAUGCUUAGUUUGCACUCAAGCCAAAGUAGUUUGCAUUACGAUGAAGAGGCAGGAGAGCUUGGUCUUAACAUCCCAUCCCUGAGCACCCCAGCUGCUGGGAGCGGCGGCCUUGAGAUCCUUGCGGGCCUAGGAACGAGCUCCGCGGCGAAAACUGGCAGCCGAGUCGGUCGCCUUCCUUCUAUCUUCGGAGAAGAGCCCGCCAUUAUCGAUGACCCUGUGUUCGACGUCGACGACGAUGGCUUUCUCCGCCCAGCUAUGCCGCGUGGUUUUGUUGAUGAGCCUGAGCUGCCUUCCGUUGAAGCGCAAACACCACAUGGGAGCGAUACAAGAACUGGCGGCCAGCCUCGCACAGAGCAUCUAUCUGCAGCGGGAGAGGAUGAGCCAAUGCUCAACUUUGACGACGACAUGGUGGUAUUUGGUGACGAUGAACCCUCGAUCCUGCCAGCGGCUCCCCAGAUCCCUCUGACUCCAGAACCUGACGACGAGAAUACUCAACAAGACAAACGAGCCAGUUCCUCGGUCUAUCCGACGGAAGAGUCCUCUGUAACGGCAGAUGCGCUCCAGCGACCGAGACGAACCACCAAAGCAAUCCAGCCAGAUCGAGAGACAGAGUUGACCAACCGAGCUCUCAAUGAGUGGAAUCAGAACUAUCUCGGGAAUAUGGCCUUGGCUUUGCGGGCCAGACAGAGACAGUUUUCAGGUUCCAAAGCAAAGAGGAAUGCCGAGUUCUGGGUUUUCCUACAAGGCUUGGGCAAUGUCGCAUCUACGUUCGGAGUCGAGGGAGACCAGCAUCCACUUGCCGUCUUCAGCGGUCAGUCACUGUGGGAUAUGUUGAAAGGACCUGAACGGGGGACAAAAAGAGCCCGUACUCCCUCCGUAACCGAUGACGAACAACUGGAGGAAAGACGGGUCCGAGCAAGGACAACACCGCAGGAAGAAGUCGUACGCGGCGCCGAUGGCGAUGUUCACCAAUUGGCUGACGAAGACGGGCUCAUGAUACUAGGCGACGACUUUGAGAUUGAUGCUGAAGUAGGUCGACAUGCUCCUCCUUCUCUACCAGAUCAUUCGUCUGGUAUGCCAUGGAAUUUGUCUCUUGGGGGAUCUCGACAAAGCUCAAUUCGCCCACCGGGCAGCGGGCUCAUACCAAGAUUGAGUUCUAGUGUUGGAGGUCUCCCAGGUGGGUUGGAGCUCGGGCCACUACCGACUCUGAGCAGACGAGGGUCGCGCCUCACCUCCGCAAGUCCACUGUUCGGAAGAGGGGUGCCGCUUCUGUCGAGACACAGCAGCCAAGGCCCUGGGGAGGCUUCACGUCUCACGAGCAAUGAGGACGAAUUUGCAGAUCUGGACGCCCAGCUCGGUGCGGGUCUCGAUCCGGACUUCGAACUGUACGGGCCUUCCGCAACCGUUGAUACGCAAACGGCCGCGCAAAGUCAAUGGGUCGCCGCGACGUUGGAGAACGAAGCAUACAAUUUCCUCGCGUUCGUGAACACCAAGGUCCAGGAGAAAGCAGGACUUACCCACAACCGGGUGGCGGCUGAAGAGAUACCAGAGACGCAAGAGGAAGACAUCACGUUGGAUGAAUUGCUUCCACCGACACAGAACUCGGCUAUUGUGGGCGCUCAGGCGUUGCUUCACGUGCUCGCGUUAGCCACGAAGGGCUUGUUAGAAGUGUACCAGGCUGACCAUUUCGGGGAGAUCCAGAUCUCUGUGGUUAGCCAUUAA